GGUGGGUGGGCGCGCGGGUAAAGGUGGAGCGCCCGGAGCCCAGCUCCUGUAGGAGCUCUUAGCGGCGGCGGCACUGUUGCCGCCCAGAUGGCGCGCAGGGCCGAGCCCCCCGACGGGGGCUGGGGAUGGAUGGUGGUGCUGUCAGCGUUCUUCCAGUCGGCGCUGGUGUUCGGCGUGCUCCGCACCUUCGGCGUCUUCUUCGUGGAGUUUGUGGCGGCGUUUGAGGAGCAGGCAGCGCGCGUCUCCUGGAUCGCCUCCAUAGGAAUCGCGGUGCAGCAGUUUGGGAGCCCAGUAGGCAGUGCCCUGAGCACGAAAUUCGGGCCCAGGCCCGUGGUGAUGACUGGGGGCAUCCUGGCCGCGAUGGGGCUGCUGCUCGCCUCCUUUGCUACUUCCCUGACCCACCUAUACCUGAGUAUUGGGCUGCUCUCAGGCUCUGGCUGGGCCUUGACCUUCACUCCGACCCUGGCCUGCCUGUCCCGUUACUUCUCUCAUCGUCGAUCUCUGGCCACAGGCUUGGCACUGACAGGCGUGGGCCUCUCCUCCUUUGCAUUUGCCCCCCUCUUCCAGUGGCUGCUCAGCCACUAUGCCUGGCGGGGGGCCCUACUGCUGGUGUCUGCCCUCUCCCUCCACCUGGUGGCCUGUGGUGCUCUCCUCCGCCCACUCUUCCUGGCUGAGGAUCCUGCCGUGGGUGGCCCUGGGGCCCAACUUUCCUCCCUCCUCCAUCAUGGCCCCUUCCUCCGUUACACUGUGGCCCUCACCCUCAUCAACACCGGCUACUUCAUUCCCUACGUCCACCUGGUAGCACAUCUCCAGGACCUGGGUUGGGACCCACUGCCUGCUGCCUUCCUACUCUCAGUGGCUGCUAUUUCUGACCUCGUGGGGCGUGUGGCCUCUGGGUGGCUGGGAGAUGCAGUCCCAGGGCCUGUGGCAAGACUCCUGAUGCUCUGGACCUUCUUGACCGGGGUGUCACUAGCCCUGUUCCCUGUGGCUCAGGCUCCCACUGCCCUGGUGGCUUUGGCUGUGGCCUAUGGCUUUACAUCAGGGGCCCUGACCCCAGUGGCCUUCUCCGUGCUGCCUGAACUGGUGGGGACUGGAAGGAUUUACUGUGGCCUAGGACUGGUGCAGAUGGUAGAGAGCAUCGGGGGGCUGCUGGGGGCCCCUCUGUCAGGCUACCUCCGGGAUGUGACAGGCAACUACACGGCUUCUUUUGUGGUGGCUGGGGCCUUCCUUCUUGCAGGGAGUGGAGUUCUCAUAACCCUGCCCCACUUCUUCUGCUUCUCAGCUCCUACCUCCAGGCCCCAGGACCUUGCAACAGAGGCACUGGAUCCCCAAGUCCCCCUGCCCAAGGAGGGGCUGGGAGAGGACUGAACUCCAUGAAGAGGCCGUCAGGCCCAGAUAGCCAGAGCUUGACAGCUCCAGGUCCUCUCCUGCCCCAUCUAGGCAUCCACAGAACCAUAGCACCUUAAGAUUCUUGACCUGCCUCCCCCAGAGCAGGCCUGGGGCUCCUGCGGUGUAUAUGUCAUCCCUUUCUAUUUCAUUGAGGACUCUAUUUCUUCUCCUUUGUUCCCCCCAACCUUUUCUGAAGGACCCAGGAGCUCCUGCUCCACUGAGCUGUCAAUCAACUGUGA